GUAGUUGUAGCGAGUGGACGGUUGUACUGAGCGGGCGUCGCCAUGCGUCGACGGCGUGCUGUUCUUCCGAAUCUGGUCAGGAUUGUGGUGGACGAUGUGUAUUAUUGUAGAAGCCGAUGGAGUGUUCCUGAAGAGACAGCUGCUGGUUCUGAAGCUGCUCAAACACAUCGGCCAGCCCGUGGCAGACCCCGACCUCGUCAGCAUCAAGAACUCUUAUGUACCGCUCAACAACCUCGAGAAGUACUCGGACCCGGAGGCGGUGCGGCGGUGCUGUAGCUACGUGUCGACCGGGCGGUCGCUGGCGAGGAACGCGGUGUUCAGCCUGUUCGACGAGCGCCACCGCGAGGAGAUGGUGGCGGUGUUCGAGGCGCUGUACGCGGCGCGCGACUUCGACACGCUGCUGGGCACGGCGGUGUUCCUGCGCGACCGCCUCAACCCGCGCCUCUUCCUGUACGCGCUCAGCGUGGCGCUGCUGCACCGGCGAGACUGCCGCGGCCUCACGCUGCCGCCCGCCUACGAGAUCACGCCGCACAUGUUCCUCACCACCGACGUCGUGCGCCGAGCCUACCAGGCCAGGAUGCGGCUCAAACCAACUAUCAUCCCUAUGAAAUUUACUGGCUCGGUGAACAACCCGGAACAGAGGGUAGCGUACUUCGGCGAGGACUUGGGCAUGAACUCGCACCAUCAGCACUGGCACAUGGACUUCCCGUUCUGGUGGAAGCCAACCUACGACCAACCCAAGGACCGCAAGGGAGAACUCUUCUUCUACAUGCACCACCAAAUGACCGCCAGAUUCGAUGCCGAGCGGCUGUCCAAUGACCUGCCGCCGGUGCGGCCGCUGGGCUGGUACGAGCAGAUCGAGGAGGGCUUCGCGCCGGGCGCCAUGUACGAGAACGGCCAGGAGUUCCCCAUGCGGCCCGACCGCGUCAGCUUCCGCGACCUGCCCUGGCUGCGCAUCUCCAGCAUGCAGGCCUACGAGGACCGCAUCCGGGACGCCAUCGCUGCCGGAUUCGUUGUAUCGCGACCGACGGGGGUGCUGUACCUGAACGAGACGGACGGCAUCAACGUGCUGGGUGAGAUCAUCGAGUCGUCCAGACACAGCGUGAACCCACUGUACUACGGCCAGCUGCACAACGAUGCCCACGUGCUGCUCUCCAAGAUCGUCGACCCUGACCAGCGCUACGGGAUGCCGCCCGGCGUGAUGGAGCACUUCGAAACAGCCACCAGGGACCCCGCCUUCUUCCGGCUACACAAGCACAUCGACAACCUGUUCUACGAGCACAAGAACCGCCUGCAGCCCUACAGGCGAGAAGAGCUGAACUUCCCAGGCGUGCAAGUGGAAGCGGUCAAGGUGGUGGGCACGUGCAAGGCCAGCGUCCCCAACCUGCUGGUCACCUACUUCGACGAGACUCACGUCGAUCUCGGGAACGCUGUGGAGUCCGACUACAAGACGGAAGUCAACAUCAAGGCUGUGGUGAACCGCCUGAACCACGAACCGUUCCGCUACGUCAUCACCGUGAGGUCAGAGCGCGAGGUGAAUGGUCUGGUGCGCAUCUUCCUGGCGCCUAAGCUCAACUGGUUCGGCCAACAGGUGCCGCUCAAAGACCUCCGCUGGAGCACCAUCGAGCUCGACAAGUUCCCCGUCAAGUUGAGGGUGGGCGAGAACGUGGUGGUCCGCAGCUCUGAAGAUUCGUCGGUGACCAUCCCAGAACCCCGCAGCUUCCCAGACCUCGUCAAGGACGUGCAAGCCGCCAUGCGGGGAGAGCAGGAGUUCGCCCUAGACAAGUACCACCGCCACUGUGGGUUCCCACACCGCCUGUUGCUGCCCAAGGGUAAGCAGGAGGGCAUGCCCUACCUGCUUUACGUCGCCGUCACCGACUACCAGAAGGACGUGGUUGACGACAAGGUGACUCCUGAUGACAUCGAGAGCCUGACCUCCCUCAGCUACUGUGGAGUGCUGGACGGCAAGAUACCUGACCGCAGGCCGCUCGGCUUCCCCUUCGACCGCAGAAUCGAGUCUGUCGAUGAAUUUAUGACACCCAACUCCAAAGUCAUCGAGAUCACCAUCAAGAACGCCAAGUAG